AUGGCAGCAGCAGCGUCGUCUUUCGAGCCGUCGCUAUCGACGAACCACCGGCAGACCAUGUCGGCGUCGACAAUGGCGGCGACGGCGGCGGCACCUUCGGUGGCCGAGACGCUCCCCAGCAUCGAUUUCGGAUUCGACGACCUACGCGACCGGAUGAACAAGUUCACCGCUCGGUUCGACGCCUUUAUCGAGCAGGGGCGCAAGAGACUGCUGGAAGAGCGCAACCAGUUCCGGAUGAAUGUGGCAGAGCUUCAGGAGGACCAGAGGAUGAAGAAGCGCGACAUUGAAAUCGUCCAGAUCAAGAUAUCGACGCACCAGCAGACGGUGGCCAAGGAGGAGGCCGAGACGCGCGAGAUGGAGUCGGCGAUAGCGUCGCUGACGCUGCAGCGCGACAACCACCAUGCCGAGCGCGACGCGCUGAAGGAGCAGAUCGCCAAGAUGCAGGCCGACAUCGAGGCCCGGCUCGCGGCCCAGCGCGCCUACGCCCAGCGGCAGGAGGCUCAGUCGCGCUUCAACGUGCCCGAGCUGGACUUCUGGAUCACGAACCUGUGCAUGCGCAUCGAGGGGGCCGGCCACGACGACCGCCUCAAGUUCGUCUUCAGCCACGUCGACGAGCGCAACUGGGAGCGUGAGGCAUGGUUCGAGCUCGUCACCAGUUCCAGGGACUACGACGUCAAGCACUGCCGUCCCAAGCUGGAGCGCGAAAAGGUCGAGCGCGUCCUCGACAAGGUCAACGAGUCGCGUGAGCUGGUCACCCUGCUGAAGGGGAUGAGGGAGCUGUUCGUCGAGGCCAUGAAGUCAUGA